AAAGUGAACGGGGCGCUGGGUCUUGACGUCACGUGCUCCGAUGUCCGUGCGCGCCCGGCGAUGGAUUGAGCGCUCGCUCGAGGUCGUGCCUAUCCCCACCACCUCCUCCUCCUCCUCCUCCUCCUCGUCUUGAAUUGACGGAUUCUUUUGUCGGAGUUCGCUCGCUCGAUCGAUCGCUCGUGCAUCGGAUCCACGGUCGCAGCGAUGGAGCACGAGGCCGCGAUGCGCGAGAGGGAUUUGGCGCUGGCCAUGCACGAGACGUUCAUGGCGUCGGGGAGCGAGGACGGGCUGUCGCCGAGGCUUCAGCAGCAGCAGAGCUCCGAGAUGAUUUACUCGCCGCGCGGAGCGACGAGGCUGUGGGGCGAGCAGAGGUCGAUGGUGGCGGCGAGGGAGUUGAAUGAGGCGUUUCUGAGGACAUUGCGCAAGACGGAGUUCGGGCACCACGAGCGAGGCGCAGCUCGGCUCAACCAUGGCAGCUUCGGAUCGUGCCCCAAGUCCGUGCUGGCCGCGCAAGCCGAGUUCGCCCAGACAUGGCUCAAGCAGCCGGACGCGUUUUACUUCGGGGGCGUGGAGGCCGCUCUGCUGCAAGCCCGACGAGCCGUGGCCGAGCAUGUGAAUUGCCCCGUGCACGAACUCGUUCUCAUCGAUAACGCCACCACCUCUGCCACCAUCGUCGCCAUGGACGUCAUGUGGGCUCUCGCCGAGGGCAGGUAUGCGAAGGGCGAUACGAUUCUGAUGCUAAAUUUCGCGUACAAAGCUGUUUCCAAUGCCUUCCACGCUUAUGGAGUCCGAGCCGGUGCCCAACUUUUGAUCGUCGAGAUUCCUUUCCCCAUAACCUCUGCCUCGGAAGCUCUCGCCACUCUUGAGGAAGCUCUGAAGAAAGCCAAGGCUGAAGAUCGAGUGAUUCGGCUGGCUGUCCUCGAUCACAUCGUGUCCAUGCCUUCGAUCAUCCUGCCUGUGAAGGAAAUGGUGGCCCUUUGCAGAAGCUAUGGCAUUGAGCAGGUGUUCGUCGAUGGCGCCCAAGCUAUAGGGCAGGUGGAAGUAAAUGUGCAGGACAUGGAUGCUGAUUAUUACACUAGCAACUUGAACAAAUGGCUCUUUGCUCCAACGACAGCAUCUCUUUUCCACUGCAAAGCGAAGCAUUUGUCUCGACUCCAUCAUCCCAUAAUUUCUCACAAUUACGGCAAAGGCCUGGUGGCAGAAUGCAACUGGGUGGGAACGAGGGAUUACAGUGCACUGCUUGCAGUCCCUGCAUGCUUUCAGUUCAUGAACAGCGUUCCUGGUGGAUUGAAGGCAAUCAGAGCUUACAACCAUGACAGGGUGGUGGCUAUGGGAAAGAUGCUAGCUGACGCUUGGGGUACUCAUUGCGGAGUCCCUGCGGACAUGAUGGGCUCGAUGGUGACCGUGGGCUUACCUCCUGCACUUCAAAUUUCAUCGGCUAACGAGGUUCAUGAUCUGAGAACUUGUUUACGUCAGGAAUCCUCUAUUGAGAUCCACGGAUUUGUACCACCGAAAAGAGAGGUUUCACAAGCCGUAACCGCGUACCUGCGAAUUUCCCAUCAGCUGUAUAAUACGUACGACGAUUACUUAAGACUUCGAGAUGCUAUCAAUACUCUUGUGGCCAAAGCUACCAAGGACAGAAAGUAGAUCAUUAGGUGUAUGAUUAUUUUUUUCCCACUCUCGAGCCGCUUUCCACACUUCACCGCCAUCGUAUCAUACAAUCAACGCUUGUAUCCACCUUCCUGUGUACAUAUUACCAGCUGGAAGUAGUGAGCCCAAGCAUUUUCAAGGGCAGUGUCAGUUGAGGAAUAGUUGGAAGCCUCAGGGAGAAAUUCCUGAAUACUCAGGGGAGGACGACUUGAUCCAUGCUUCUGUAUAUUGUCGAAAGAUUACCAUUGCCGAACCUCUCAAUGUUAGCUUGUCGGGAAUAGCAUGCGUCGCUUGGAAGAGAUCAGAGGAGACCCAGGAACCAGUUCACGACAGCAGAGACGCUUUUCUCAAUGUGUCGUGGCCACAGCUCUUCUAUGAGCGAAAUCUGGUUGGAUAUGAGUGAGGACUGCAACGUCGGUAGCGUCUGCAAGAUGUUUAGCUGCGCUGCUUGGGCUGGUUGUCAAGCUGCACGAUGCGCCAACCGCAAGAGGAUUGGACUGGCUUAAGGUGUCAUCUGGACAUCAAGCCACUCCGUUUUGUAUACGGAUAUGUAUUUAAGAAGUGUCACUGAGAUUGUACCA